AUGUGUUUAAAGUGGGUACGUUAUAGAACCUCUCAUAAUAUUACGUGGGAUAUCCUAUCUGCGAUUCCACAAAGUCCUCCUUCCGUAUCUAUAAUACUUCUACGCGGUGUCGCGAACGGUUCUCGUGUUAUUUCCAAUAUCGCUUCUGAUGUGUCAUUGACAGAUAAAAUCUAUUUAUGGACUUUACAAGAUGCAUCACUUCAAAAUGCAUCUGAUUACUCCGUACGAGUCUAUAGUGGGGCACAAGUUAACGGAUACUCUCAAACGUUUUCCAUUAUUAAUACUCAAAACACCACCUCUCUGGGCAGCCCUUCGGGUGGUAAUAGUGCCGCGAGUCCUAGCAGUCCAUCAAAUCCUGUUUCUUCCAAACCAAAUAUUUUAAACGUUGGACCGAAAAUGCAACCUUACAUUUCAACUGCGUUCCUGUUAAUCUUCACAGUUAUUUUUGCUUCUUUCUGUUCAUUCCAGUAA